AUGAAGCUUUCUUUGGCCCUCGUCACUGCCCUCCUCGGUCUGGCCGCGGCCGCGCCUCAGAAUGACCCGUCCACCGAGGGCCUGUCCAAGGAGCUAGCAGAGGAAUUUCAGAAGAACCUGAAGCAGCUAGAGGAGGACAACAAGAAGAGCAUCCCCGGCACCAUCCAGGACAUGGCCGAGAAGCUCGGAUGGCAGGGAGCCGGCAACCUGCCGGGCAAGAUCGGGCAGGGAGCCACCAUCCUCUCCCUCCUCGCGACGUCCGACUACAGCGUCAGCGCCGAGAACGGCAAGAAGUGGGUGAAGGACCUCGGCGGCGUGGCGCUCUCGUUCCUCCCCAAAGUCGGCACCCUCGGCAACCUGCCCGGCUUCCUGGGCAUGAUCAAGACCAUUGCCGUCGGCCUCGAGCAGGCCCGGUUCCCCGAGCUCGCGGCCAAGCGAGAGGCCGAGGCCAAGUGCUUUGCCAGCAACGACGUCCGCACGUACAAGGACCUCUGCCAAAACUGCAAGCCGCACCUGACCAUCUCUCUGCUCGGGAGGCUCAACGGGUGCACCGACGAGCUGGUGACCAACCGGGACGGCUACGUGGACCACAAGAGGGCGCAGAGCUUCUGCGCCGACGCGGUCCUCUGCUCGGGCUACAACGACGGGGGCCCGAGCAAGAUCAUCAAGAGCGGCUUCCGCUACGACCCCCUGCGCUCGUUCUGGUGCAAGGAGAAGGACGACCAGAUUGGCAUGCUGCUCAGCAGCUGGAUCGGCCAGCCGCUCCGCGAGAGCCUCUACAUGCUCGACCACGAGGACUUCCGCAACGCCCUGACCCCCGCUUGCAAGGAAAUCACAAAGGACCUGAACAUUGAGGGCAAAUGCCCGACAAGAGAGGAGCUCGAGGCCGCGGACAAGCUGGCUCCUCCCAUCAGCUACUGCCAGCCCGGACAGAGCGUGAACCCCGGGGGUGCCGACAGGCCGUUUGUGCCAAGGGCUUGA